ACGAUCGAUCUUGUCAAAGGUCCACACGUUCGUUCGUUUCGUGGAAGCUUCCAAAAGUGUUUCCACUUUGGACCCCGGACUUUACAUUUAUCUUGAUACCCUCCCCCUUCGUCCGCUUCGUUCUGGGCAUCACCUAUUUUUUGUUUAUUUCUUUUCGUGUAUUUCUCCGGGGGGUAGAUUAGGUCUCCUCUUUGUCCUCGUCCGCCAAGCAUCACCACUCUGCAUUUUCUUUGACUCCUCGGUGAGGAACCCGUAACAAGCUCAGUUUGUUGCUCGUUUCGAAUGGGGGGACCUUGACGGCCACCGGCUCGACAACCUUCAGCAUUCCAUACCAACCAACCUAAACCAACAACUCCAAAACGCCAACUCCAACAGCAACACGGAGACCGAAUCGUCCCUCUCCAACAACGUCCAACCACAAAAUGGGCUCUACAACUCCCACCACCCCCCUUCCCUCAGCCUCCUCGCCCUCUCUAACCCUCACCCUCGCCCACCCCGACGAGCGUCCCAAAACAUGGUCCCUCACCCACCCCAUGUGGGGACCCGCCCUCUCCCACUCCGAAUACCUCGCGCGUGAACACUUUAUGACGACUCUCCCGCUCGCCAAAGACGGUGGCCUGACGCACUGGAUUUUGACCGACACCGACACCGAUCCCUCUUCCUCUUCUUCAGAAAAAAACCGCGAACGACCCAUCCUCUCCUCCUGCGAAACCCUCCGCAAACACGCCGUCGCCGCUCGCUACGACGCCUCUUCCGACCGCGUCGUUCUAACCGAAGGCAUCUCGCACGGCAUCGGUUCCGUGUUUACGGAUCCUCAGUACCGCGGAAAGGGGUACGCGAACAGGAUGAUGCAGGAGGUGGGGAGGCGGUUGAGGAACUGGCAGGUUGUUGAUAAGAAGGAUCGGCCUGAGUCUGAGUCUCCUUCUUCUGACCACGGCGAGAACGGCGAGAACGGGGAAAAAGGGGGGAAAAAGGGAAAAGAACAAACAAACACAACCCUCUUCUCAGUCCUCUACUCCGACAUAGGCAAAUCCUUUUAUGCCAAAAACGGGUGGAGGGCGUUUCCCUCGGCGCACGUUUCUUUUAAACCCAUCAAACCCACCACCUCCACCUCCCCCAACUUCCCUCCCAACCUCUACCCCAUCAGCUAUCACACCCUCCCCCCCCUCUGCACCCUCGACACCACCCACCUCCUCACCCAAACCCUCCCCACCCUCGCCCGUCUCCACCCCUCCAAAACCCACGUCGCCUUGUUGCCAGACCUCGACUGUCUCCUCUGGCAUUUGUUGCGAGAAGAUUUCAUGACGCAACACAUCUUCCACCGCACCCCCACCAUCCGGGGAGCCAUCUACAGUCCUCCAGACAGCUCUCCCAACGACUACCCCUCCUCCGGUGACAACGGGGAAGGAAAAAGUGGAAAAGGAAAACGGGUCUGGGCCGUUUGGACGAGAUCAUACUACAGGGGACUGGAAAGUGAAAGUAUCGAGGGGAAUCACAUGCACAUCCUCCGUUUCGUCAUGGAAGGGGUAGAGGACUUGGGGGAUGAGGAGUCCCUCAGAAAAGUAGUCACAGAGGACCCAGAGACCGAAAAAUACCUGGUGGAAGCGUUCCGGGCGAUUAUGCAAGUGGCGCAGCGGGAGGCGGCGGAGUGGAGGGUGGAGGAUGUGCAGAUGUGGAAUCCGAGUCCGUUGGUGAGUCGGCUGAUUGAGCAAUCCAAAAUUGAGGGGGGUUAUGAGAUGGUGGAGAGGGAUAUGGAUAGCAUUCCCAGCUUGAUGUGGUACGGGGCUGAGGGGAUGGAGGGGGGGAGGACGGAGGAUGUGGAGUGGGUUGCUAAUGAGAAGUAUGGGUGGUGCUGAGGACAUGAGCGGGGCGUUGUUUCUCUUUGCCUUUUUUUUUUUUUGUCGUUCUUUUU